AUAUGCUGGACUUCGUGUUUGCUGUUGAUGAUUCUGUGACUUGGCAUAUGAUGAACUUGUUAAAGAACAGGAGUCAUUAUUCCUUCCUAAAAGUUUUUGGGCCAAAACAGAUAAGUACUGUACAGAACUAUGGAGCAGGGAUUUACUACAAUACUUUAGUGCCGUGUAAUGGCAGGAUGAUAAAAUAUGGUGUAAUUAGCACCGAUACCCUGAUUGAUGAUUUACUUCACUGGAAAACCCUGUAUGUUGCUGGACGCCUACAAAAACCGGUGAAAAUACUGACACAGAAUGAGAAUAGCAAGCUGCAAGCUGCUCUUGUUAGCAAUCUGAAGAGUGCAGUCACAGCAGCCUUCCUCAUGUUACCAGAAAGUUUCUCUGAAGAAGACCUUUAUAUGCAGAUUGCAGGACUCUCCUAUUCUGGUGAUUUCAGAAUGAUAAUAGGAGAAGACAGAUUGAAAGUGCAGAACAUAGUGAAACCUAAUGUUCCCCAUUUUCAGAAGCUGUACAGUAACAUAUUACAGGACUGCCCUCAAGUGGUAUAUAAGCACCAUCUGGGAAGGCUAGAGAUUGAUAAGAGUCCAGAAGGUCAAUUUGCACAACUAAUGGCUUUGCCAAGGACCCUGCAACAAAAGAUAACUUCUCUAGUAGACCCUCCUGGAAAAAACAGAGACGUGGAAGAAAUUUUACUGCAAGUUGCCCAUGACCCUGAGUGUGGAUUUGUGGUGCAUCAAGGCAUUUCAGGAAUUGUGAGAUCUUCCAGUAUAGUGCAGAGUGCUAAAACCAUACUAACAGCUGGGUUGAAGAAAUCUAUAACUUACAGUAUGAAGAAACUGUAUAAAAUGACAAAGGGAUGGUUAAGGAAGACAUCUUGAGUCUUGACAUACUGUGUAUGGGUAAAUAAAUGGUACUUUUUCUCUAAAUAUUGUGCAGAUGUUGCUUUGCCAAUUUGAGAAGAUUGAAGUGCGUUUAAGAAGUCUGUGAUAAUCAUUUACAUGCCCAAUUUUACUAAAAUAGGAACUUUUGUUAGUGGGGGAAGGUUCAGUGGUAAUAGGGCAAAGGAAUUAUAUUCUGUAAGUACUGAAAUGGAUUUUCCUG